AUGUGUCCUUGUAUUGGCACUACUAAGGGUGGCUUGUUCGAUUCCAAGGCAUCCCCAGUCAACUCAGCUGUAAAGAGUCACCUCCAGCUCCCACGACCAGAGCCCAGAAGUUAUCUUACAGUCACCUCCAACUCCCACGACCAGAGCCCAGAAGUUUUCUUACAGUCACCUCCAACUCCCACGACCAGAGCCCAGAAGUUAUCUUACAGUCACCUCCAACUCCCACGACCAGAGCCCAGAAGUUAUCUUACAGCCACCUCCAACUCCCACGACCAGAGCCCAGAAGUUAUCUUACAGCACCUCCAACUCCCACGACCAGAGCCCAGAGUUAUCUUGCAGCCACCUCCAACUCCCACGACCAGAGCCCAGAAGUUAUCUCAGCCACCUCCAACUCCCACGACCAGAGCCCAGAAGUUAUCUUACAGUCACCUCCAACUCCCCACGACCAGAGCCCAGAAGUUAUCUUACAGUCACCUAACUCCCACGACCAGAGCCCAGAAGUUAUCUUACAGCCACCUCCAACUCCCACGACCAGAGCCCAGAAGUUAUCUUACAGCCACCUCCAACUCCCGACCACUUAUCUUACAGACCUCCAGACCAGAGCCCAGUAGUUAUCUUACAGCCACCUCCAACUCCCCAGACCAGAGCGACAGAGCCCAGGAAGUUAUCUUACAGCCACCUCCAACUCCCAAUCCCACGACCAGAGCCCAGUUAGUCUUACAGCCACCUCCAACUCCCACGACCAGAGCCCAGAAGUUAUCUUACAGCCACCCCAACUCCGACCAGAGCCCAGUUAUCUUACAGUCACCUCCAACUCCCGACCAGAGCCCAGAAGAGUUAUCUUACAGCCACCUCCAACUCCCCAAUGACCAGAGCCCAGGAAGUUAUCUUACAGCCACCUCCAACUCCCACGACCAGAGCCCAGGGUUAUCUUACAGCCACCUCCCAACUCCCCACGACCAGAGCCCAGAAGUUAUCUUACAGUCACCCCAACUCCCACGACCAGAGCCCAGAAGCAUCUUACAGCCACCUCCAACUCCCACGACCAGAGCCCAGAAGUUAUCUUACAGCCUCCAACUCCCACGACCAGAGCCCAGGGUUAUCUUACAGCCACCUCCAACUCCUGAGAGAACCCAGAAGUUAUCUUACAGCCACCUCCAACUCCCACGAUCAGAGGCCCAGAAGUUAUCUUACAGCCACCUGACUCCCACGACCAGAGCCAGAAGUUAUCUUUGCAGCCACCUCCUACUCCCACGACCAGAGCCCAGUUAUCUUACAGUCACCUCCAACUCCCACGACCAGACCAGAGCCCAGAAGUUAUCUUACAGUCCACCUCCAACUCCCACGACCAGAGCCCAGAAGUUAUCUUACAGUCACCUCCAACUCCCACGACCAGAGCCCAGAAGUUAUCUUACAGCCACCUCUGACUCCCACGGAUACAUAGGAAAAAUGUGGAUGUAUAAGAUAGUAGUCACCAGUCAGCUCAAUGUUCACCAAGAUAUUAGCCAAGAUGGUCACCAAGAUUAA